UACUGUCUGGUCUGACGUCUGACUGUCAUCACAUGAGAAGCAAAAAUUGUGGAAUUUUUGUUUUUAUCAAUUUAAUAUUUGAAUAAACCUAUAAAACAGUAAAGUAAGUUUAUAUAUUUGUGAACAAUUAGAGAACGAUCUCUUUUUAUAAACUUUUAUCGAACUCUAAAGAAAUUAAGUGUGUGUUUUUUUCUCGAAAAGUUAUAUGAACUUGUCCAAUAAUGGGGAGGCUAGUCAAUAUGCAAUAUUUGUUUAGUUUAACUACGUUGUUACUAUUUUCUUCAAUAAUUUCUACUCAAGCUGAAGAUGUACCUUUAUCGAAACUUAGCCAACAUAUUGGGACUCCUACUUUAAGAUUUCUAUAUUGUUACUCAUGUGGAUACAAAAAUAUGUUUGAUCAGUUCUCCACCAUAAUAAACCAAAAAUAUCCAGAGAUUCUUGUAGAUGGGGCAAAUUAUGAUCCACCUGGCAUGAACAUGUUCAUAGCAAAAAUGAUAGGAUGGAUAAAAAUGGCGAUAAUUCUAUGUAUAUUGGCCAACAUCAACGUAUUCGAGUAUUUCAAUCAACCAAGACCAGGCUGGUGGAUUUGGUGCGUGGAAAACAAAUUAUAUGCCUGCAUGAUGCUGUUCUUCUUGUGCAAUAUUCUAGAAGGGCAGCUCAUCCAAUCAGGAGCCUUCGAGAUCACAUUGAAUGACGUUCCAGUUUGGUCAAAGUUAGAAACAGGACGUAUUCCACAACCAGCAGAGCUGUUCCAGAUCAUUGAUAGCCACAUGCAGUUCGACACAAAAAUAGAAUACAAUAAUUUCGCUAAAUAAUAUUUGGAAAACACAAGAUACUAGAGGAGAUUUAAGAACUGUAUAUUGCGAGUGUCAAAACAGUACGAAGAAUAUUGUAAAUCCUCGAAACAAGUUUUUUAGAUGUCAUGUUCAUUUGUAUUGUUAUUUUCUUAAUAUUUCACAUAUUUCUUUGUACUGUAUAGGAGAGGAUUGAUGCAAAAUGAAUUUAUCAAAAUAUAAAGUUGUGGUGUCCAAAAUUGUACGAUUGUUAUUUAAUGUAGUAGUAUAAAGACAGUAAAAUAUGUUUGGUUGUUUCUUCAUAAAUCCAUUGCACGUCAGCCAAUUUUGACAUUUUGAUUUCCAUACAACGUUGCCAUAAUGUCAUAAUAAGUAAAAAUCUAAGGAAUUAUGAAAUAAAAAAUAAUAUCUAAUUAUAUUAUUAUGAUGAUAUAAUACUAAAUUAUUUAAAUAAAUUGUAUUUUGUUAAGGAUAUGAUGUAUAUAAAUAAGAUGACAUAUAUUAUAUGUAAUUAAUGAUGUGCAACAGACCUAAAAAGGUAUAAUAAUAGAGAUAUUUUAAGAAGUAUCACAAUAACGAAUAUUUUUACUAUCACUUGAUCUAGUAUACAUGUUAAUGUACUACAUAGAAGUUAAAGUAAAGUCUAACAAGCUAUCUAAGAGACUCAUUUGUUCGAGGUUUGAAAUUAUAUAGACAAGGGAUCAUCUCAUCACUUGUUUAUGGAAUUUCACACCUCGAAACAGUAGCAGCCUGCUCAGCUGAAUAUUAUUGAGUCCCUUAGAGACCUUGCUAGACUAUAAUAUGUUACAUAAUUGUUAAUACAAAACUAUAAAAAUUGUCCUUGAUAGUAUUUUUUAAUUAUUUCUAUGUAAAAAAGGAGACUUUAGACAGUUCCUGUACAUAAUUAUCUGUACAAGAUCGUCACAUAUAAUUCAGGCGGAGCCUUCUUUCACUUAAGUGUCGUAUAUGGGCAGUUGGUGUAUCAUUUGUUAAUUCUGAAUUUUAUACUUAUAAACUGUUCAGCACUAAUGUUAGAGUUAUUUUAUUUUUCCUUUUUUGUUUUUUUAUUGUUGAAGAAGCAUUGCAAAUUUUUCCACUGCUUAGUUUUUAUCAAUAUAUUCGUGAUAAACUGUCGUAAACAUUUAAAAAUUCAUUAGAAUCUAGGGACACAUUGAUAAAUUUUAUUUUGUUGUUAUCUUUUAAUUUUGUUUUGUUGUGACUAGUUUUUAUAUCAAUAUGUACUGAUCAACGUGAUUUUAUAUUUCAAAUGGAGAAAGUAUAUGCAUAUUAAUGAAAAUAUUGUUUAUUUGUGAAAUAUUAUAGCUCCAAAUGACUUUUUUAAUAAAACAACUAUUGAAUAUUUAA